CGUCUCUGUUCCUCUCCCGCGCUCCGCUCUCUCCGCUCGCAGCUCUCGCGCGGGGAUCAUGGCAGUCUAGCGGCGUGCAGCGGUGACUAUCGCAGCGGCGAAUCCGGCAGUGCAGCGGUCGAGUGCACUGGCUCUAUUUGGCAAAAUGGCGUCCCUUGUGGCAUCCACCCACAGCUCUGCUGCUGUAGACAGCAUAACCACACCGUUCACCAGCUCACCAGAACCCCUGACCCGCUCCGCUUCGCCUCUGACCCUCUGCCAUGUCUGUGGUGUCUCAGAUGAGUCUGGAGGACGUGGGGGCCCUGAUCCUGGGGCCCUCAUCUCUGAUGGCUGACCCCUUUGGGCCCCUUCUGGACGAAGAUGAGGAGAGCGCUCUGUCGGAGGGGUGGUCGUCGCCCCUCUCCUCUUCCUCCUCUCUCUCGCCCCUCUCUCCCUCUCACGCUUCUGUAGGGUGUAAGUCUGAGCUGCUGGCGCUCUCCUGGCCGCCGCAGAGCAAAGCAGACGAUGUGUUUUCUGGCAUGGAUUGGAUGACGGAGAAGUUAGACCUGAAUGACUUUGACCUGGAUUCUCUCAUCGGAUCAUGUGAUUCAGACGAGCCUCCCGGUUCUCCAGAAGAGCUGCUGGCCUGUCUGGACACCGAGAUGGAUCUGGACCUGGAUUCCCUCCCGUUUGGCUCAACAGAGCUGAGCCUGGCUCUGCCUCCGCUGACCCUCGACCUUCAGGGGCCAGAAGAGGUCAAGUCUGAGCCUCUGGAUCCCAGCUUCACACUGGAGUCCGCCGAAAUCAUGCUGACUCCAUCCCACAUCGUGCAGCUGCUGACUCCCAAAGAAGAGGCGAGCGGCGCCGAUCCGUCCGACAGCGACAGCGGGAUCUCGGAUCCCGAACCCUCGCCGAAGCCCGCGGGCUCCUCCAGAACCAAACCCUACUCCAGACCCGAGCCGGAUGCUGUGAAAGCCGCGCCCGGUGCUCCUAAAGUGGUGGAGAAGAAACUGAAGAAGAUGGAGCAGAACAAAACGGCCGCGACGCGCUACCGGCAGAAGAAACGCACCGAGCAGGAGACGCUGAGCUCCGAGUGCGCCGAGCUGGAGACGAGAAACCGCCAGCUCCAGUUCAUGGAUUAUCUCUUAAACUCACUGAUCAGCUCAGGCUUCUCUUGGAGAAGAGUUUCACAUCUCCAUUUAAAGCUAAAAUUAGUUUGUAAAAGUGCCAUUUCACACAUUUUGCAACAAGCUGACUUACUCUGA